UGGUGAUUGGUGUUGGCGUUCUGCAGUUCAUGGGGGCUUUCGACUUUUUGGGGGUAGCUCCUGACGGGACAAUGCGAGAGUGACGGUGGGUGCGAUGUGCGAUGGUUGUGGCUUCUAAUAGCGUGAUAUAAAAACUAUAGGGGGUCUGUUAUUCUUGAAUCUGAAUAGCAAUUUCUGGACUAAUGUAAAUUGCGAGUAGUGGCCUAUUUUCGGAUUACUAUUUAGUUUGUAUAUAUUUUGAGUUCGAAUUCGAUUUUCAGAUGAACUAAAUCAUCUCGUCAUAAGAGCAUCACAAUGAUUGAAGUUAAAUGUCUAAAGUCUAUCGAACCUGCGCUUCAGCUGAAUGAAUUUUGGUUGAGAGACCAUUGCAGAUGUGAAAAGUGCUAUAAUACCGAUACCAAACAAAGAAAAUUCAGUUUAUUGGAUUUGCCCGAUGAUGUGAGUGCGGAAAUUGUUAUCACCCGUGAAGAUGAACAGAAUCUUUUUGUAAAAUGGAACGAUGGACAUGAGUCAACAUAUUCCUUUGAAUUCCUCAAAAGUUGUCAAUUAGAAAAUUAUCUAAAAGCAAAGGAUUCAUCUGAGAAAAUUCUUUGGGAUUCUUCAGUAAUAGCCAAAAAUAAUUACGCUGAUGUGAAAUUAUCCGAUUUGAUUCGAAGAGAGGACGACGUAUGUGAAGUUGUCGGAAGUCUUUGGUACUAUGGUAUAGCGUUGGUUGAGGAAGUUCCUGCUAAUCAAACAAUGACAGAAAUGGCUAUUCGUCGAGUAUUUCCGGUCAUGAAGACGUUCUUCGGUGAAAUGUAUACGUUUAGUGAUGCAAAUGACCUUGCCGUCCACGCUGAUACAGCCUACACCAAGGAGUACAUAGGUCCUCAUACCGACAAUACGUAUUUCUGUGAUGCCGCAGGACUUCAGAUUCUUCAUUGUAUACACCAUGAGGGCACAGGUGGCGAGAAUUUUUUCGUUGACGGAUUUAAAGUCGCCACGGAACUUAAGCGAAUCAAUCCCAAAGCUUUUGAUAUUCUCACAAAAGUUCUUGUACCCGCUGAGUACAUUGAGGAGGGACAAUUUCAUGUUCAUCACGGUCCGAUAAUUCGAACCAAUCCUAUAACCGGGGAAAUCAUCCAAAUACGUUUGAAUAUUUAUGAUCGAGCAGCACUCAACACUCUAGCCCAGUCAGAGAUGAAGGCAUUCUAUCAAAGUUUAAAGGAAUUCUUGAGACUAGUUGAGAAGACAGAGAAUCAAUGGACAAUGAAACUUAAUCCCGGAACUGUUGUGAUGUAUGAUAAUUGGAGGAUAUUGCAUGCUCGUCGUGCGUACACGGGAAAUCGUACAAUGACCGGUUGCUAUGUCCAGCGAGCUGACUUUUUGAGUAAGGCGAGAGUUCUUGGAAUUAUUGAUUAAAUAGGCUUUACAUAAAAAAUAAUUAUACUUGAUGGAUGGUUUUUAAAAGUUUGUGUUUAAGUUUUAGUUUUGUAUUAAAACUUUUUAAAUAUAUCAAAAAGUACAAAAACCUAUCAAAGUA